AUGGCAUCCUCCAUGGCCGCCACCGCCUGCGCCACCGCCACCGCGCUCUCGCCGUCGACCGCCACGGCCCAGAGGCCGUCUGCCCAGGGCCGCCUCGUCUUCCCCGCCGCCCCGCCCGCUCCCACUCCCUCCGGCUCCGCGCCGCCGGCCGCCGGUCGCCUCGGGCAACCAAGGUACUCCCUCCCUCUCGGCCUACGCCUUGCUUCGGUUGUGGUGGCAGCGUUGGCUGACCCACUCAAGGUCAUGAUAUCUGGGGCUCCGGCGUCCGGCAAGGGCACGCAGUGUGAGCUCAUCAAGACCAAAUUCGGUCUGGUGCACAUCUCCGCUGGAGAUUUAUUGCGGGCGGAGAUCGCUGCUGGCUCUGACAAUGGGAAGCAGGCCAAGGAAUUCAUGGAGAAGGGCCAGCUCGUGCCUGAUGAGAUUGUCGUUAAUAUGGUGAAGGAUCGCCUUCUGCAACCAGAUGCUCAGGAAAAUGGUUGGCUGUUGGACGGGUACCCAAGAAGCUAUUCACAGGCCAUGGCGCUGGAAACCCUUGAAAUCCGGCCUGAUGUUUUCAUUCUGUUAGAUGUUCCAGAUGAACUCCUUGUUGAAAGGGUGGUUGGAAGACGGCUUGAUCCUGAAACAGGGAAAAUAUAUCAUUUGAAGUACUCUCCACCAGAGAAUGAAGAAAUCGCUUCAAGGCUUACGCAGAGAUUUGAUGAUACAGAAGAAAAGGUUAAGUUGAGGCUGCAGACUUAUUACCAAAAUAUCGAGUCCUUGCUAUCAACAUAUGAGGAUAUUAUUGUCAAAGUGCAAGGAGAUCGCACAGUGGGCGAUGUCUUUGCCGAGAUCGAGAAGCUGCUGGGUUCUAGCCUGGAGAAGAAAACAGAAGUCGUGUCCAGCACAUGA